AUACAACAGUUGUUAUAACCCUAUACACGCAAACCAUGAGUAGCACUUUCGAUAACGUAGUGACUGAUCCUACUGAACAAUACAACUUAAUCACCAAGGGGUUGCAAGAAACCUUGAAUGGCCAAAUCAUCAAGGACAUCUUGGAAAAGGAAAAGAGACAUGUCAAGAUCUACUGGGGGACCGCCCCAACCGGUAAACCCCACUGUGGUUAUUUCGUGCCUAUGAUCAAAUUGGCCCAUUUCUUGAAGGCUGGGUGUGAAGUCACUGUUCUUUUGGCAGAUUUGCACGCAUAUUUGGACAACAUGAAGGCGCCAUUGGAGGUUGUCCAACACCGUUCCAAGUACUACGAAUUGGUGGUCAAGGCCAUUUUGAGAUCUAUCGGUGUUCCUAUUGAAAAAUUAAAGUUUGUCGUCGGAUCUUCUUACCAACAAGGUGGAGAUUACGUGUUGGAUCUUUUCAAAUUAUCCAACAUUGUUUCUCAAAAUGACGCCAAGCGUGCUGGUGCCGAUGUUGUCAAACAAGUGGCCAACCCAUUAUUGUCUGGUUUGAUCUACCCAUUAAUGCAAGCUAUUGAUGAACAACACUUGGAUUGUGAUGCCCAAUUUGGUGGUGUCGAUCAAAGAAAGAUUUUCGUGUUGGCGGAAGAAAACUUGCCAAGCAUUGGCUACAAAAAGCGUGCGCACUUGAUGAACCCUAUGAUCCCAGGUUUGGGCCAAGGUGGAAAGAUGAGUGCCUCUGAUCCAAACUCCAAGAUUGAUAUCAUUGAAGAUCCAAAGGUUGUCAAGAAGAAGAUCAACUCUGCCUACUGUGCCCCAGGUGAAGUCAAGGACAAUGGGUUAAUUGCAUUUAUUGAAUAUGUUGUGCAACCAAUUCAAGAAUUGAAGGCUGGUCAAGAUGGUGUGUUUGAUUUCAAGAUCGACAGACCAGAAAAAUACGGUGGUCCAAUUACCUACACCAGUUUGGAUGCUUUGAAGGCUGAUUAUGAAAGUGGUGCCUUGGCCCCACCAGAUUUGAAAUCAGGAACUGCUGAUCGUAUCAAUGAAUUGUUGGCCCCAAUUAGAGCUGAAUUUGAAUCUAAUGCAGAAUUCCAAGCUGCGCAAAAGAAUGGUUACCCAGCUGCAGAGGCCAAACAAGAAAAGAAGGUGAAGAAGCCAAAGAAUAAAGGUACUAGAUACCCAGGCGGAGCGGCUGCUGCUGCUGCUGCUGCCCCAGCUGACGCCAACGGUGCUGUUGAAAAGACUGCUGAAGCAUUAGAAACUGUUAAAUUAGAUUAAGUAGUUUAAUGAUUAUCACGUGACA